AUGUAAUCUUCAUAUAAAUAACGAGUUACAUGCAAUUUAUAAUGUUUCAAAUAGGAAAUAAUUAUGGAGAACGAAGUAAGUAUUACAAUACUUACAAAAGAUUCCAGAAUCAGACACUUUUGAAGAGUUUUGUAAUAAUAUUCCUAAUUAAGACAAUCAAGACAUAAAUUUCUCUAAAUAAUCACAAACUCAUUAUUCAUAAUUGAUUCGUAUUGAUUGUCAAUAAACACAUGAAUCAAGAUCAUCAGAAUUAUAAUAAUCUAUUGAUUCUCUUGAAUAAAAGAGCAAAUCAAAAAUUAAAAGUGUAUAAAGCUAAGAAAAUGAAUAAAUAACAUAUAUGCAAUUUAUUGAAUUUAAUCCUCAAAGCAUAAUAUCAGAAUCUACUAAUUAGAGAGUAGAUAGAUAUUAAAGUUAAAAAGAUACAAUGGAAGAACCUCCAGCUCCAUAAAAUUAAAAUACAACUAAAUUCUGCUUUCCAUCUAAAGGAAGUGGAUUGAAAAAUUGUAAAUGAUUCUUUUUAAAUAUCAUAUAGUAAAGAAAUAGCUUUGUGUUAAUUAGAAUUUUUGGUAUAACAAUAAAAAUGAAAGUAAUUCUGAAUAGACAGUUUUAAAAAAUCAAUCAAUAUAAGAAAAUAAGAAUAAUAUAGAAGAAGAUUUAAGAAAAUAAGUGUCUUAAAUUAAUAAAGAGAAAACUUAAAUGUAAUUAGAAUAUUAGUAGUAAAUAAAAUAAUUAAUGGAUUAAAAUUAAUUUUUAGAAUAAUAACUUAUUGAAUAAAAGUAAAAUAAUUCUGAUAAUUUAAUUUUAUAAUCGAAAAUAGAUAUAUUAUCAAAAAGAUAUAGUGGAGAUAAAAAUAAAAAACUUGAAACCUGUAAUUUUAUGGAAUCUGUGCCAAUAAAGAUGGCUAAUAUAGUUAUUUAUAUUAUAAUGAAAAGAUUUAAUACUUAAUAGAGAAAUUAAAUUAAAAAUGCUAAUAAAAAGCUCGUCUCUAAUAUGAGAUAAUACUAUUAAAAAUAAUGUACAUUUAUAUCAUUAAAAAAUUAGAUUGAAUUAUUAGAAACUUCAAAGAUUUUGUAAUUGACUAAUAAUAAUAUCUUUACAGACAAAAUUACUCAUCAAAAUCAUUUUCCUUAACCAUGUUCAGAGAAUAGAGCAUAAUCAUUUAGUAAAGAUAGUAAAACAAGUUUACUGACUCUAUAAAAAUAACCUUUAAAUAUCACAACAAACAAUCUAAUUGAAGGCAAAAACAUUGUGAAUUUUUAAUAAUUUUAAUAGAAUAUAGAUCUGCUAUAAUAUCUCCUUUGUCUAAAUGUGCUUAAAUUAUUUAAUAAAAAUAAUUAAAUUAAAAGAUUUAUAAAAAUGCACAAUAAUUUUAACAAUAUAUUUAAUAUAUUUAAAUCUAAAAAAUACAGUAAAAUUCUUUUCUAUUUCUUAAGCACUAAAAAUUCUACAUCAGUAGUUGAAUUAUUGUCAAUGAAAUCUGAUACCAUCAAUUAUUCUAAUACAACUAAUAGAAUUCGGAGAAAAGAAUCAUACUUCAUAUCAUCUCCUGAUGGUAGAGCUACUUAAAAAUUCAAAUAAGCCUUAUUUGAUAAAUUAAAUAAUCUUCAACAAGAUAGUUCUAAGUCUUAUGGUAGUUUAUUAUUUUCAUUGGGAGAAUAACGACUAAAAGAUGCAAAUAGUUGUUUCAGAUAAUUAUCUCCCAAAAGAGAUAAAAAAAGUCUAAAUAGUAAUUAACUGAAAUAUAAACUAGACUUUUCGGUUUUAUGA